AUUUGUUUGGUGCAAGCGCAGCGGGCGCGCUCCUCAAUGUCGUUUUUUAUGUUCACGUUGUUCACGGCAAGUAAGUUUAACUCGUGCAACUGAUAAGUGCCUUCUACCUGCCGCGCGAAACGCGCCUCCAUGCCUCAUCUCACUGAUCAACAAGUGUCUGGCAAUUGUUUUACCAACAUAAUUACGUUUUAAAAUGACCGCCAAUAGUGCCAUUCCAACCAACGUGUCCACCGUGCGUUCACACAAGAUGGAAUUGUCGUCAACCACAACCCUAAAGGAGACUGAAACAGAUAUAUCUGAAUUGGAUUCACCACAAAAAAAAGUAAUUAACUUACAUCCCAAGGUAGCCAUCCUGCAGGCAUUGGGCCUGAUGCCAAUUUCCGAGGACAUCUACAACAACAAUGAGACUGAACCAGAAACAAAUGAGAAACUGAUUGUACUCCAGUGUCAGGAGUGCAAAGAAUAUUUCAAAACACAAACCUCAUUGAAGAAGCACUGUGCUGAGGACCAUAGCAUUCCACUGAUAUACUACUGUAAGUUUUGUACGAUUUUAUUCGAAACGCGUGCGGAACUUCAAGCGCAUAAAGACGAAGCUCACAACGGCCAAAAACCUUACACCUGUACCAUGUGUCCACUGAGUUUUAUUAGUUUGGACACACUCACUGCUCAUGUACGCCGGCACAAUGGCAAAGCGCCUUACACAUGCAAAAUCUGCGAGAAAGGAUUCGACUUAUUCAAAGAAUACAGAAAACACAAAGAACUCCAUCAACUUGUUAAACCCACACCAGUCAAAAACCACGAGAAAAAAUUCGCGUGCAAAAUCUGCGAUCGAGCAUUUCGUAAACCUUGCGAUUUACAGCGUCAUAUUCGUGUCCACACUGGCGAAAAACCCUACGCAUGUUCAGUAUGCGGAAAUAGGUUUCAACAGGCGCACAAUUUAACCAAACACAUGAUCAUUCACACCAAAGAAAAACAGUAUGAAUGCGAUUUGUGUAAAAAGAUUUUUGGCCGAAAUGAUGUUUUACGGAGACACAUGUUAACCCACUCAAUUCACAAACCAUUCGAAUGCAAAGAAUGCAAUUUGAGUUUUGCAAGGAACUCACAACUUCUGGAACAUUUGAAAAAACAUCCACACGAUGAUAAACCUCAAGUAAAACCGGCCGAGACUGAUAGUAAAGUUGUAAUGGAAAUACCAGAAGAAGACGAGGCGAAAUACGAUGUGCAUAUACAAGAAACAAAGCAACAGAAACCAAAAAAAGCUGGCAGGAAACGACAGAUUAAAGAAGAAGUACAAGCAGUAGAAUCACAAGUCAAAAGGAAACGUGGGCGCCCGAAGAAAAGCCCUGGAAAAGCGUAAAAGUUUCUAUUUUGUAACAAAAAGACAAUACCAAUUUUAUUUUUGCGAUUAUGAUAAUCUCUAUGUUUGAAGCAGAAAAAAGUGCAAAAGAAUGCAUUGCUUAUUUUUAUCGAAAUCUCUAACGUGUGAGAAAGUUUGUGCCUUAAUCAAGUAACAAGUGGCUUAUUAAGUGGAGGACAGGAAUCGGGGAUAAAUUAAGAAACCAGAAUGCAAUUAUUUUUACAUUAAGAUGAUGGUUACUGUCUUAAAACUGUUAUCUUUAUAUUAGAAAUAAAUCUUACGUUGGAAUUUUUCACAA